AUGGGUCUAAUCAACACAUUCUUUGUUCAUCUCGCCAACGGAACAUUCAGACAAUCUUCUAAAGAUCAAUGGGCCCUCAAGGUCAGAGGUCAGGGAUGGGAAGGCUUCUGGAUCCCCUUCAGGAACCAUGCUUCAAAACAACAACUCAAGUCGGAUCUUCAAAGAAAAAUCACUGAAGCUGAUAUCGGCAAGGAUUGUGAUAUUGUCAUGUUUGCAAUCCAUGGUGGAGGAAUGGUGAUGGGUGACGCGCUCAUGUUCCUGGGCAACUAUCGUUCAUGGAUGAAGGAGCUACAGCUUAAGCACAACAUCAAGAUUGGACUCCUCUCAAUCGAAUACUCCUUGUCACCUGAGGCCCCUUAUCCUACUGCUCUUAAUGAGUGUGUGGCAGCAUAUAGAGAUCUUGUUGAGCGUCGAGGAGUGGAUCCCAGGAAGAUCGUCAUGUGCGGAGAUUCCGCUGGAGGAAACCUGUGCCUGACAACGGCACUCAGGAUUCGCGACGACUAUCCCAAUGUGGGCUUACCUGCUGGCCAGGUCCUCUUCUCACCCUGGGUCAUGUGUCCUAAACCUCUUCGUGAUUCUCCUCAUGAUUACAUCUGUAAUCAUGGAGGUCGAAUCUUCUCAGAGGCCUAUACUCAGAACCUGGCCAAGGUCCAAACCAGUCCUUAUGCCUCCCCUAUCCGUACCCCAACCUUGGCUGGUAUGCCCCGUAUGCAGAUCUUCAUCGGUGGUGUCGAAACCCUUAGACCUUCGAUCGAGGCCUUCGUAGAGAAGGCUACAGCCGAGGGUAUUGAUCUAGAAGUUCAUAUGAAGCCCGGUAAAGCUCAUGAUUAUGCUAUUAUCCCCGAUAUCGCAGGAGAGAAGACCGUUGCUGAAGCGACCCAACAGAUCGCAACCUUUAUUGCCCGUAUCCGAAACGAUUAUGUUAAAAGCUCAAAGACUCACGACUAA